AUGCCGAGUCCUCUGUUUUAUCGUUGGGUCAAGGUGUAUGUGACUGGUGGAGCCAUAAUUGGUACUGGACUGUUGUUGUUCAAGUAUACGACGCCCAGCGACGAAGAACUCAUAAAGGCAUUGUCACCGGAACUGCGACUGCAAUACGAACGUGAAAAGAAGCUACGGCAGGCAGAACAACAGGAACUCAUGAAGAUCGUGCAGGAAACGGCUAAAAGUGACAAGCCCAUUUGGGAUACGGGUCCCAUUCAAUCGCCUUGGGAGAGAAACGCGAGUGGCGAGUCUCGGGAUCAAUUCCAGAGGGUCAAGGCCUCGGAGAUCCAAAAGGACGAACUUAAGCGGAUUCGGGACGAACUUGGUCACAUCCGCGAGAGUAGCGUACAGAAAACGCAGGAACAAGUCCAACAGCGUAGCUGGUGGAAACCCUGGUGA